UAGGCGCGCUUCUUGCGGUCUGGUCUUGGUGCUGCUGGCGGGAAGCAAAUCAUGGAUGUAGAAAUGAAAGAAGCUUCUAGCUCUGAAACAGGGAAAAAGGAUCCACCUGCACCAGCGACGAAAGGGUCUGCCGGGACUUUUGAGCUGCCCUGGGUAGAAAAAUACCGACCGUUAAAGUUAAAUGAAAUAGUUGGCAAUGAAGAAACGGUUAGCCGACUAGAGGUUUUCGCAAGGGAAGGAAAUGUACCAAACAUCAUCAUUGCUGGGCCCCCUGGAACAGGCAAAACAACCAGCAUUUUAUGUUUAGCUCGUGCACUUCUGGGCCCAGCUCUAAAAGAUGCAGUUUUAGAACUCAAUGCCUCUAAUGAUAGAGGAAUUGAUGUAGUGAGAAACAAAAUUAAAAUGUUUGCUCAGCAAAAGGUCACACUUCCCAAAGGCCGACAUAAAGUUAUCAUACUGGAUGAAGCAGAUAGCAUGACAGAUGGAGCUCAGCAAGCUUUAAGAAGAACCAUGGAGAUAUAUUCUAAAACUACACGAUUUGCUCUGGCAUGCAAUGCUUCAGACAAAAUUAUAGAGCCAAUUCAGUCUCGAUGUGCUGUACUUCGUUACACAAAACUGACUGAUGCACAAGUCCUUGCUAGAUUGAUGACUGUUGUUGAGAAGGAGAAGGUUCAGUGUUCAGAUGAUGGCCUAGAGGCUAUAGUGUUUACUGCACAAGGGGAUAUGAGACAGGCGUUAAAUAACUUGCAGUCUACACAUGCUGGUUUUGGCACUGUAAACAGCACAAAUGUGUUUAAGGUUUGCGAUGAGCCUCAUCCUUUAUUAGUGAAGGAAAUGCUACAGCACUGUGUAAAUGCAAAUAUAGAUGACGCGUAUAAGAUUGUUUCUCACCUAUGGAAGCUUGGUUAUUCUCCUGAAGAUAUUAUAGGAAACAUUUUUAGGGUAUGCAAAACCUUCCAAAUGCCUGAAUAUCUUAAAUUGGAGUUUAUUAAGGAAAUUGGUUAUACGCAUAUGAAAGUAGCAGAAGGGGUCAACUCUCUCUUGCAAAUGGCUGGAUUACUUGCUCGGCUUUGUCAGAAAACUGCAGUGUCUUCAAGCUGAAAAACUGGACUAGUGCACAAGUAGCAUUGAUGUUUAAUUUGUUUCUUACACAGCCAAUGACAUACAUAAGCCUAAAACUAUAAAAUAUGCAUCUUUAACAAACUUUUUUUUAUAUAUAAGUAUGGCAUCUUAUGGACACUAUUUAAAGGAAUGUUUUCCAAUGUUAUACAUAACAAUUAGCAAGCAGUUUCUGCUGCAUUAAAGAGGAACUGGGGUUGUAAAAUUUGCUUUACCUCUAUGUAAAUAAAAAACAAAAAACUCCAAACACAAUAAUGGGGAAAAUAAAUCCCACAACACCCUUGUAUAAUUCA